AUGAAUGGAAGGUCAUGCAGCAUGAAUCUCUACCGGAUAUCAGGAACCCCACAGGGGCCUGGGAUGGUCAGUGGCCAACACAUUCCUCCCAUCCGAGCCCACUCGGGGGCUCCUGGCCCCUCGUCCUGUGGCAGCGCACCAAGCCCCGGCAUUGGAAGCCUUGCUAACAGUCUCCAUCUCAAGAUGCCCUUGGGAGGAGGGAUGGUUCCUCAGAACAACAUGGCUGAGAGCCCCAUCCAUCUGCCCGCCUUGAGCCCCGGGAGACAAGUGCUCACCAAUGGGAAGUCACGAUUCCAGGUCACCCAGGCCGGAGGCAUGUCAGGGCCACACACUUUAAUGCCAAAGCAGAAGGAGUUUGGAAGUCCUUUUCCUCCAAAUCCUGGGAAAGGGGCUCUUGGCUUUGGGCCUCAGUGCAAGUCCAUUGGAAAAGGCAGCUGCAACAAUCUAGUGGUCACCAGCAGCUCCAUGAUGGUUCAGCGACUGGGACCCAUUUCACCUCCAGCAAGCCAGGUCUCUACAGCAUGCAACCAGAUCAGUCCUAGCUUUCAGAGGGCAAUGAAUGCAGCCAACCUGAAUAUACCUCCUUCAGAUACCAGGUCCCUUAUUUCACGUGAGUCUUUGGCGUCCACGACUUUGAGUCUGACGGAGAGUCAGUCGGCGUUGAGUGUGAAACAAGAGUGGACUCAAGGCUACAGGGCUCUCCCUUCACUCUCCGCCAACCACAGCUCUCAGAAUGGCCCCGACCUAGGGGACCUCUUUAGCCUUCCUCCGGGGACAGCCAUGUCCAGCAACAGUGUCUCUAACUCUCUGCCGUCCUAUCUUUUUGGCAUGGAAAAUAGCCACUCUCCUUACUCCAGUCCCCGCCACUCCUCAGCCAGGUCCCAUUCGGCCCGCUCCAAGAAGAGAGCCCUGUCCCUGUCCCCGCUGUCCGACGGCAUCGGCAUUGACUUCAACACCAUCAUCCGCACCUCUCCCACGUCCCUGGUCGCCUACAUCAACGGGUCCAGGGCUUCCCCGGCCAACAUGUCCCCGCAGCCUGAGGUCUACGGACAUUUCCUGGGGGUGCGCGGGAGCUGCAUCCCCCAGCCCUGCGCAGUGCCCAGCAGCCAGAAGGGCGUGCGGGUGGCCGGCGGCGGCCUGGUGCUCCCGGCUUACGGGGAGGACUGCGCUCUGGAAUACGAGCGCAUGCAGCAGCUGGAGCACGGAGGCCUCCAGCCCCUGGUCAACAACAUGGUGGUGCAGCACGGCCUGCCUGGGCCCGAGGGCCAGCCGGCCGGCCUGCUGAAGACGGAGCGCCUGGACGACUUCCCGGGAGGGGCUCUCGACCUGCCCUCCGCGUCUCCUCUGCCUCCUCUGCCACUCCAGCCCCAAGGCCCUCCUCCCCCUUACCAUGCCCACCCGCACCUGCACCACCAGGAGCUGGUGUCCCACGCCCCGGCACUGGCCCUGGAGGAGGACGGGGACAUGGACGACGUGGGGGGCAAGCACUGCUGUCGCUGGAUCGACUGCAGCGCUUUGUACGACCAGCAGGAGGAGCUGGUGCGGCACAUCGAGAAGGUGCACAUAGACCAGCGCAAAGGGGAAGACUUCACCUGCUUCUGGGCAGGGUGUCCUCGGAGGUACAAGCCGUUCAACGCCCGCUACAAACUGCUGAUCCACAUGAGAGUCCACUCCGGAGAGAAGCCCAACAAGUGCACGUUUGAAGGUUGCAAGAAGGCCUUUUCAAGGCUCGAAAAUCUCAAGAUUCACUUGCGGAGUCACACGGGCGAGAAACCUUACUUGUGCCAGCAUCCGGGCUGUCAGAAGGCCUUCAGUAACUCCAGCGACCGCGCCAAGCAUCAGAGGACUCAUCUGGACACUAAACCUUAUGCUUGUCAGAUUCCAGGAUGCACCAAACGCUACACAGACCCAAGUUCCCUAAGAAAGCACGUGAAGGCUCAUUCUUCCAAAGAACAACAAGCGAGGAAAAAGCUGCGGUCCAGUGCAGAGCUCCAUCCUGACUUGCUCACGGAUUGCCUCACCGUGCAACCCCUGCAGCCGGCCACGUCCCCACAAGAUGCUGCCCCAGAUGGGCCAGUGGGAUGCUCCCCGGGGCCUGGGCCUGAUCUCUAUCCAGCUUCCAUUUUCUCCAGCAAUCAUUCAAGCCGAAGCGGAACAGCUGCUGGGGCUGUGCCACCCCCACAUCCUGUCAGUCACCCUUCUCCAGGACAUAAUGUACAGGGGAGCCCCCACAACCCCUCCUCCCAGUUACCUCCACUCACAGCUGUGGACGCGGGAGCUGAGAGGUUCGCACCUUCUGCUCCAUCUCCUCACCACAUCAGUCCCCGGCGAGUCCCAGCUCCUUCUUCCCUAAUGCAGAGGACACAGCCUCCCCAGGCCCAGCAGGCCUCAGGGCCGCACCUGAAGAAUUACCAGCCAGAAACAGACUCUUUUCAACCAAAUGGAAUCCACGUCCAUGGAUUUUACGGGCAGCUGCAGACAUUCUGCCCCCCACACUACCCUGACUCCCAGAGGACCAUGCCACCCAGCAGCUCCUGCAGUGUGGUGCCUUCCUUUGAGGACUACUUGGUCCCCACGUCCAUGGGCCAGGCUGGUUUUGAUGUUUUCCACAGAGCCUUCUCAACUCACUCGGGCAUUACAGUGUACGAUUUGCCUUCCGGUUCCUCAAGCCUCUUCGGAGAAUCUCUUCGCAGUGGGCCUGAAGACACCGCGUUCUUGCAGAUCAGCGCUGUGGACCGCUGUCCUAGCCAGCUUUCCUCUGUCUACACUGAAGGAUAA